AUGAAAGCGGUUGGCAAAGCUGCUGCAUUGACUGGAGAGCAAAAUGAGAACCGUGCGGCACUGAACUAUAUGGUUUCAGUUACAGCAGAUACUAAGCUUUAUGAAAUAGAAAAGCAGUCAAAUUUCAUGUUCGAUCUUUAUCUGCAAGAGGGAUUCCGAGGGCUGGAGUGCAUGAUGAAAUUAAUAGAAAAUCGAAAGCAAACUUUUAGGAAUUUGAUAAAAGAAAAAACUGGUAGAAAUGUAAGGAAAACUCCGAGACGAAGAAAUAAGUUUACUGAAUUAGAACACAAGAUCUGUGCUAUUGCGGUAGCAUUUGAUAAUGAUGAGGAUACUGAUGGGGAGCAAAGAUCUGUCGAAAGAGGAACUGCCGAUCGAAGAUUGAGAGCAGUCCCUAAACAGGCGAGAACUCCUGAUCUAUUUGCGACGCCGGUAAGUAGCAAGUGUCAUGCAGUCCGAAAAACGCCAAGUAGCGCACGUAUGCAGAAAAUGGAUGGUGCUAUCAUAACGAAAAUGGAGGCGACUACACCACAAGAAGCACGCCAGGCGCGUUCUGCUACUCGGUUAGCAAAGAAAAAGACUGAAUUACCUAUUGCUGCUUCUCCCCAGAAACCAUUAAAGCAAAGGGCGAAAAAGUCUGAACUGAUUCGAAAAUUAGAAGCCAAACAAAAAGCUGUUAUUAGUAAUAAGGAAGAGCUAAUCAAAAUCAAGGCUGAGAGGGCACGGAGGGAUCGAGAGGAAAGAGCGCAGCGAGUCUAUCAAAAUAACAAGAGGAAAGAAAUGGAGAGGGAGGCUGCAAUUAGAGCAGUGCGCGAAAGAGAAUUAGCAGUGGAAGAAAUUCGUCGUUAUCAAGAAAGUCCAGUGAAAGGUUUGAAAGCCGUAUCCAGGACAAAUAGCAAAAGUCCAUCACGACUACGUAUGGUCCACGCAACCACUACCAAGGUGCCGUUCAGCUCAGUUGCAGUGCAGAAGCUAGUCAAAGGGAAUUCUCAGUCGCAUGAUGAGAAGGUAACAUUAGUGGCGCUAACGAAACCGAUAAAGCGGAAACCAAACGCUAUGACACCUGUAAUACCUGUAAAACGUAACACAGUUCUAGUAGAGAAACCGAAAGGACUUCAGGAAAGGAUUGCUCAUGAUCGCGAUCUUAGUUCUAACAAGUCACGAGACUCUCAGUCUUCUCAAAAAACGGAAACUGAUGGUUACGCUGGAGCAGGCUGCAUUGAUGGUAUUCGGAAGGAGCCAGGAGUUUCUACAACUCAGCUGCCUUCAAGCACCACUGCUGUAAAUGCUGUGAAAGCACCAAAGCAGCUUAGUAAUUUGAAGGCUGAAGUUAAUGCACCAAAUGAAGUCACUUCUGCCGAUACGAAAAGGUUAUUGGUUACUGAGCAGCCUGAUAAUCAUCAAGGAAACAGCAGGGAUUUAGAGCGAGAAAGGGAAGAAGUUAGAGAGAAAUUGGGAUUGUUGGACUCAUCACAACUAAAUAAUAAGAACCUGAUGAACGUGACUGCCUGUAGCAGUUAUGAAAUUACGCCACCGAAAAAGCCUUCGCCAUCUACAGAGGACAAUUACAACAUUGAUAGUCUUUCAUCAGGCGACGAAACGGAUGAAGAAGAUAAUCCGAAGAAAAAGGUCCCAAACUGGGCGCAACCAAUCAAUCUUCGUCGCGCUUUACGAGAACAAGCCGAAAAGUCGCCACAUGUGAUUGACUUGUUCUUCGGACAGAUCGAAACCCCUGACCUGAAUAAGAUUUUUUCUAUGCAACGGACAAGGUACGCGAAGCGUACCUCGUCAGCACAAUGGAAUUCUCCAUUAGCAAAUCCUCGUGAAGGAAUAAGUGUAUAUUAUGCAAUACAGAGGCAGAAAUAA